AUGACUACCAGCCUUCUCAGUCGCAUGCAAAUCGGUGAGUCCUCUCUCAUCCCAUUCUCGAAUCUUCCGAUCUUUCUUCAGACCGUAACCUCCGUCGGUCGACUGAACACGUCGAAAUAGUUCCUCAGGAAACAUGUGUUCAUCAUGAAUGUCAGUUUAGCUCUCUCUCUCUCUUCUUCUUCCAACUUUCCCUUCUUUUCCAGCUCCCGAAUCAGUGCUCACUGAAUGUGCCACAAUGUCCACUUCGACCCACGGCACAUCGAAUCCAUCAACCGUAAACAAGUCGUCGUCAGUGGUCUCGCCGCGAAGAGCCAGCGAGAUCCCUGUCGAUGAGUCCAAGUAG